CUCAGAAAGAGAAAGCAGAACUUGAGGCUCAUUGGUGUCAAUGUCAGAGAUGGUGUGCAGCAGGUGGACGCACCCAAAAUAGCUCGAAUAUGAGCUGAUCCAAAUGCCCAAGACCGUCAUUUUAGUGACUAAUAUUCCCUAAAGCAAGUGCGUCAUUCUUGUGUCUUACGGGAACGUUUUACCCCCUCUUUGUAUAGGGUGGACACUUUAUAAACACACGAGUGCGUUAAGGCUAGGUAUCAUUUGGCCAAGUCAUAGAAAGACUAGAAACUCUACUCAAUUCCUGUGGAUAAUUGAAGUACCAAACAAAAUGGGACAACACGGCUCCAAAUCCUCCUCUGAAGCCCGCGUAAUUUUUCAGCGCGCUGCCGAAGUGGACUCUUGUCAGAAAGCAGAUGCAUGUUCGACCCCGGCCUCGGUUGUCCGCAUUCAGAGGAGGGUAACCACCCCGGCGACCCGUGUUCAUUCCUCCAGCCGGUCUCUGGAGAAAUCUGUACCUAACUCCUGGUCCAAAAGUCGUCAUGACACCGAGGGACUGGUGUACGUGCUGGAUAAUCCAACAGGUGGCGUGUGGGUGAAGCCAGGAGAAAAAUGGACCAGAUCUUGAUAAAGAUAACUUUUCCCGUGAAAUACCAGCGACGUAAUAGGAAUAACCAGUCAAACAUCCUGUGACUGGAUGUUUUUUGUGCCCAUUACACUUGGGCUCUUCAGAGCAGAUGGAUGUUGGGUUGCUAAACUGAGGUGCGCUUUCAUGGCGUAUCCACAGUGCAGCGCGCGGAGUUGAGCUGGACUUAAAUGGCCUCUGGGAUAAUGAAGAGUUGACUGGACUGAUCACUGCAAUAAAUAGAAUAUCUUUUUGAGAUAUACAAAUAUUCAGUUUCAGUCUGAGGAGAAGAUGGCAAGACGAAAUGAAAAUUUAUGCAAAUGAAGACCAGGUGUUAUCUUUGGAAAAACAGCCUAAUUGUGUUAAAUGGCCGUUAAUAACUCUCUUACAAAUAUCCCACAUACUAUAUUUUUAAAAGGAAAUAAAGGAGGGGAGCUUGGAUUAAGUCAGUUGAAGCAUUGGGCUUGGCAAACAGCUGUGCACAAUGGAACCUGUUUAAAUGGCUGACUAACCUUAAUUGAUUUUUCAUUAUCUUUUAUUAUACUUUUCUUUAUUUUGUUAAUAUUAAGUGAUGCUUAUAACACAAGCAAACGCUUUGAAACGGAAUUGUUCCACAUGAUGACAGCUAAAACGUGAUAGCAUGGGGAUCAGUGUUUACAUAUGCAAAAGUCAGAGCAGUUUUUUUCUCUCUCUACUUUGCGAGAAGCAUUAAGAAAGAAUGAAAUCAUUUAGAGACUGUAAUUCUGGAUCUGAGGUUAAUUCCAUUGAUUUUGUGUAUCCUAAAACUUAACAUCUGCAGCCUAGAAAAGUUUUCUUAAGCAGGCUGUGAGCACCUGAAUUCUUUUAGGCUAAGUUUUUUUAGGUAUCUUGUGAUUGUCACAUGACACCAUUAGAUGAAUGCGUGAUUCCAAUACACUGUCAUAAUUUAUUUUGAAGAAAUUACAGUAAUUAUGUAGCUUAUACGCUGUGGGCACACAACAGAUGUGUGUCGAUGUAUUUUUGCUACACAAAAUUCCGUCAGCUAUUGAGCAAAAUCAUAACUUGAACAGAAUUAUAUCAGGUAUUUUACAUAAUUGGCUUGCUUGUUGGGUCAUAUAAAAACUUAUAUUGCUAAAGCGUGAUGAAACUCUGAUCAUGGGUUCUACUCAGAUGCAAACUUUGUCCCUGGUGUGGCGCCUUAUCAGUGACAGAGCAUUAUAAUCAACAUGGAAUGGUUUAUCUAUUAAACUAUGUGCAACGCACUGGGCAAACACUGCAUCAAGAGGGAGGAGACGUGGCUGUCUCUUUGGAGGUGAACUUUUGUGUCUAUCCACUCCGUCAUGGGCCACAUGGUAUCCAAACAACCUGAAGUUCAAGUUCUGCUUCUUGGUUUGGACAAUGCUGGAAAAUCGACUUUUCUGUACAAACUGAAGCACAACGCUUGUGUCACAACCGUCCCUACAAUAGGAUUUAACGUGGAAAUGCUCGAUGCCAAAAAAAGCAGGAAGAACAUCGCAGUAACCAUGUGGGAUGUCGGUGGUCAGUGGAAGAUGCGCGAACACUGGAAGGACUUUCACCAGAACACCGCAGCGGUUGUGUUCGUUGUGGACAGCUCCGACAGGACGCGUCUGGACGAGGCACGCAAGGAGCUGGAAAACACGCUGAGGAGUGAACAGCUGCGGGGACGCCCGCUAAUUCUUCUCGCCAAUAAACAGGACGUGAACGGCGCUCUGACCGUCACAGAACUCAAGGACAGGUUCAACAUGAGGAAGGCUUGUUCAGGUCGGGAUUGGUUCGUUCAGCCUUGCUCCGCUUCGACGGGAUUUGGAGUUGAAGAGACUUUCAGACGUCUGGUCCAAAUGGUCAAAUUCCCCUCGGAAGCUAGUGCUGUGAAAGAUAACAUUAAAGAAACAGUGCACAAUCUUAGGUCGACUACUAGACUUUGAGUUUUAUUUAUGUAGUAUGUUUUCAAACAAUGGACACAGAUACAUUUCGAAAUUACUUUUUUUCCCUAGAUAGUUGGCUAAACUAAUUUAUGCCAGCAAAAAAUUGUGUUUCAAGAGAUUUUAUCUGUUGGUUUAAGUUUUAUUAUUCAGAUGCUCUUAUUGAGUGCAGAGUGAAAGAACACAAUUAAUGUUUUUGUUUUUAUCAUAUUUUAAAACAUUUUACUGGUUUGUCCACAUCAUUUAAAGAGAGAUGUGUUAGGCCUUCACUGUUUUACUUUGGCUAUAAAUAUGCAAACUAGUUGCCUAAAAAAUUUCAUUUUAUUGAUUGAGUACAAUUAACUAACAUUGUUUUAGUUUUUGUCGAACUUUUCUGAACUUGAUCAUUUUAGUUUGCUUCACAAAACAUUGGCUUCAUUUUCAUUUCAAAUUCAUAAGUAAUUGGUGGACUUAAAUGUUAUUGUUUUGCAGCAGGAUUUUGGGUAUCUGCUAAAACUAAUGUCAGACGACGUCAGCUAGGCCCCCCAAGACAGUCUUGGUUGUAACACUGAGUGUUGAAACGCCACAAAUUCCACCAGUUAUGAGCUGGAAAUCAUAUGAUCAUUUCAGUGCUUACCCACUUCUUGAUUUUAUAUGGUUGUUGUCAGGGCUGAAAACAGGAAAAUGCAGAUUUUAUUGAAAAAAAAAACCCUUUUAAGUUAC